AUGACGAUGCCGGGGCUCCUGGUGACGAUGCGAAUGGCUGCGGAGUGGUCGAUCCAGAGUAUCCUUCAGAUGAGGACGUCGAUCCUCCAGAUGGUGAGGAGCCAGUUGGCUGAGGAGACGUCGAUCCAGAGUAUCCUUCAGAUGAGGACGUCGAUCCUGCAGAUGGUGAGGAGCCAGUUGGCUGAGGAGACGUCGAUCCAGAGAAUCCUUCAGAAGUUGCCGUCGAUCCUGCAGAUGGUGAGGAGCCAGUUGGCUGAGGAGACGUCAAUCCAGAGAGUCCUUCAGAAGUUGCCGUCGAGCCUCCAGAUGGUGAGGAGCCAGUGGGCUGAGGAGACGUCGAUCCAGAGAAUCCUUCAGAAGUUGCCGUCGAACCUCCAGAUGGUGAGGAGCCAGUUGGCUGAGGAGAAGUCAAUCCAGAGAAUCCUUCAGAAGUUGCCGUCGAUCCUGCAGAUGGUGAGGAGCCAGUUGGCUGAGGAGACGUCAAUCCAGAGAAUCCUUCAGAAGUUGCCGUCGAUCCUGCAGAUGGUGAGGAGCCAGUUGGCUGAGGAGACGUCAAUCCAGAGAAUCCUUCAGAAGUUGCCGUCGAGCCUCCAGAUGGUGAGGAGCCAGUGGGCUGAGGAGACGUCGAUCCAGAGAAUCCUUCAGAAGUUGCCGUCGAUCCUCCAGAUGGUGAGGAGCCAGUUGGCUGAGGAGACGUCGAUCCAGAGAAUCCUUCAGAAGUUGCCGUCGAGCCUCCAGAUGGUGAGGAGCCAGUUGGCUGAGGAGACGUCAAUCCAGAGAAUCCUUCAGAAGUUGCCGUCGAGCCUCCAGAUGGUGAGGAGCCAGUGGGCUGAGGAGACGUCGAUCCAGAGAAUCCUUCAGAAGUUGCCGUCGAUCCUGCAGAUGGUGAGGAGCCAGUUGGCUGAGGAGACGUCGAUCCAGAGAAUCCUUCAGAAGUUGCCGUCGAGCCUCCAGAUGGUGAGGAGCCAGUUGGCUGAGGAGACGUCAAUCCAGAGAAUCCUUCAGAAGUUGCCGUCGAACCUCCAGAUGGUGAGGAGACGGUUGGCUGAGGGGACGUCGAUCCAGAGAAUCCUUCAGAAGUUGCCGUCGAUCCUGCAGAUGGUGAGGAGCCAGUUGGCUGAGGAGACGUCGAUCCAGAAUAUCCUUCAGAUGAGGACGUCGAUCCUGCAGAUGGUGAGGAGCCAGUUGGCAGAGGAGACGUCGAUCCCGAAUAUCCGUCAGAAGUUGCCGUCGAUCCUGCAGAUGGUGAGGAGCCAGUUGGCUGAGGAGACGUCGAUCCAGAGAAUCCUUCAGAAGUUGCCGUCGAACCUCCAGAUGGUGAGGAGACGGUUGGCUGAGGAGACGUCGAUCCAGAGAAUCCUUCAGAAGUUGCCGUCGAUCCUCCAGAUGGUGAGGAGCCAGUUGGCUGAGGAGACGUCGAUCCAGAGAAUCCUUCAGAAGUUGCCGUCGAUCCUCCAGAUGGUGAGGAGCCAGUUGGCUGAGGAGACGUCGAUCCAGAGAAUCCUUCAGAAGUUGCCGUCGAUCCCCAGAUGG